UUCCGCAUCGAGGGGCUGGGGCCCAAGAUGGACCCGGAGGAGCUCAGGCGGAAGAUGCGCCGCGACGUCCUCUCCUCCGUCCGCAAUUUCCUCAUCUACGUCGCACUGCUGCGGAUCACUCCCUUCAUCCUGAAGAAGCUGGACAGUAUAUGACCCCUCCGGGCCGGCGUACGAGCCCGCGGAACGAACUGCAGCUGCUCUCCCCCAGGCGCUAAUCAAACACGGUGUCAGAGGCAGACAGACAGCGCCAGAUGGUUCCGAAACAUCUCACCUCAGCAUGUCCAGCCGGCAGUGACCCGGGGCAGGCAGCAUGGGCAGGGCUACCUGUGGUCCCUGCAGGUGAAUCCUGGCCGUGCAACGCUGCAUGGUGUGGUCAGGCAGUGACUCGUGCCAGAACAUUCCCUGUGCUGUGUGAACAAAGCCCCUGUCCAUCCUGCACACGCUGUCAUGUGUGCUGCGGCUGCCCACCUCACCUUCCUCUGUGUGCAACAUCCAGUGUCCCCUGCACCCAGCUCACCAACAGUUUGAUUUGAAAUAAAUGGAAGAGCAGUUGUGUCACUGG